CUAGGGCAUGUGCCCCAUUUAUAUAUUCAUUCCUAGAAUUAAGAAAUACAUUGAUCAUUUAAGUUUCUAUUAAAGUGUAAUUCAGUGAUUCUGAUUCAAUUUAUAUUUGUAUUUUUAUGUUAAUCAUUUAAAUUCCUUCACAAUAUAAUGAAUAUGUCAUCGGGAACUUUUCAUUUAUCACCUUGUGCACCAAUUACAAAGUUUUUCAAAGAUAAAUCUGUUAAAGAGGUUCGUGAAAACACAUCACAUAUUAAUGCACAUUUGGUCAGUUUUAAAAGAUGGUUACGUUCAAUGCCACACCUUUCUUGUGCAGAUGAUGAUCGAAUAUUCUUGCCAUUUCUACGUCAAGCAAAAUAUAAUCAUUCAGAAGCUCAAAUGCGUUUAGAUAAUUUUAUUACAUUGCGUACAUCACCAGAAAGUCCUGUGGUUAAUUGGUAUGAUCGUUCAACCAUAACUAAUACAAUACUUGAUGAAUAUUUAAACAUGGGCUUUCAUUGUCCAAUUGGAUUCCUUCAUGAUGGGACAUUUUUAUUUCUGAUUCGAAUUGGUUGCUGGAACAAUAAUCGUGUAUCUACCGAGAGUGUACUCAAAUUACUCAUGAUUCAGUUAGAUCGUAUUUUGGAAGAUCCAAGGGUUCAAAUUUGUGGUUUGCGAGUAUUUAUUGAUUUCACCGGUGUCUCACCUUCUCUAUUGGACACAAUUAAUCCGAAAAAGACCAUUAAAGAUUUAAGUAAAGUAUUACAGGAAGCUUAUCCAUUUCGUAUGAAAGGAAUAAUCUAUUAUAAUGAACCGCCAAUUAUGGAAGUUUUGUUCAAAUUACUAGCACUGUGGUUGAGACCAAAAGUUAGAGAACGGUUUAUAAGAGUAAAAGGUAAUAUAAAGAAAGCCUAUGAAAAAGUACCCGGUCUUGAAAGUGUACUUCCUAGAGAAUAUGGUGGUCACAAUAGAAGUAUUAAAGACAUUUUAAACUAUCUUCAAUGACAAGCUCCUAAUAAUUCUCGGGAAUUCGUGAAAUCCAGCCCCUAUUUACGGACUUGAGUUUUUUUUUGUUUCACUUUAUACUACUAACUAGGAUUAAGUAGCACGAAAAGUUGUGACAAUAAAUUCCAGCUGGAGCGUUUGUUACAACUCUUGUUUGUGGUUAAAUUUCUGUCAUUGCCCGAACAAGCUAACCAAUCUUACUGAAUCUCCAAACAUUUCAUUUAUGACCUGUUCAUAUUCUUCUCUGAAAUCAUACAAUCUGUUCGUUUUGAUAAACAUAUACAUAUUUCCAUUUGACUGUGGUUCUAAUUAUGACUAGGACAAAGAUGAUUGAUUUACAAGCUCCCUACUUUAAAUAUAUGAUUAAUUAUAAUAAUGGAAUAUUGAAGUAACGUAAAAAUCAG